CAACACAUUGCCGGAAAAUUCAUACAUCGGCGACUGCAAGCACUUUGUAUCUUCCCAAGUGUUGCUUGCUUGAUCGCAAUCAUGAGUGUCCUUCGCAAGUUUUCCAAACACGUCCACUCCAACAGCGGCACCGAGUCUCCAAGAGCUAGCGGUGAAUUCAGUCCGCCAGCCUCGCAGAGCCCUGCCCCUCAGCGCCGCUCUCUCGCUCAGUUUCUGCAUCGUGACAAAGACAGAGACUAUACCUCGAGCGACAAUGAGUCGGACAUGAGUGAUUUUGAUAGUGAUGGUUUGAGCAAGAAUGCCCAAAAGAGAGCGGCCACAAAACAGAAAAAGAAGGAACAACGUUCCAGGCUGAGCCUCGAGCAUCGCGAUGACUCGGAAGAGCGUGCCCGGCAGAGGCUGGACGAGGCUGCUAAGACCGAAACUCCAGAGAUGAAGGCCAAAUAUGGCGAGCUGCCUCUCAUGCAGUCCACCACUCGCUAUGCCACCGAUCGUAUCGACAUCAGUACUAUCACUGAGGAGAUGGUCGGCAAAGAAGUCACAUUCCGCUGCAGGCUACAUCAUGUCCGGGCCAUGGGUGCCAAGUUAGUCUUUCUCAUUUUCAGACAACAGAUUUCCACGAUACAGGGUGUGCUUGUAGAGAAGCCGGGCAUGGUGUCUGCACUCAUGAUCCACUGGGCAGAACAUCUGCGUACUGGCAACAUCCUGUUGGUCAAGGGUCUCCUGCAGAAGCCUCAAAUCCCCGUGAAGUCGGCCUCGAUCCACACCAUGGAGGUGCAUGUUAGAGAACUGCUUAUCGUCGUCAAACGUGACGAACCUGUACCUUUCUCUGUUCAGGAAGCUGAAUUGACGAUCCUCGAUGAAGAAACUCAGAACGACGGCCGACUGAGUCAGAUCCCUGACCGAGUCAGACUUGCUAAUCGUAUCAUGGAUCUGAGGACUUCCACUUCCCAGUCCAUCUUCCGCAUUCAAGCCGCCGUAGGGAACCUCUUCCGAACCGCACUUGACGAGCAACGCUUCGUUGAGAUACACACCCCGAAACUACAAGGUGCCGCGACCGAGUCUGGUGCUUCCGUGUUCAAAGUCAACUACUUUGGUAGACCUGCAUUCCUUGCUCAAUCUCCCCAGCUUGCGAAACAAAUGGCUAUUGCAUCCGACUUUGAGCGGGUCUACGAAAUUGGCGCUGUCUUCAGAGCUGAAAACUCGAACACUCACCGUCACUUGACUGAAUAUACCGGCCUCGAUCUGGAAAUGGCAAUUGAGGAACAUUAUCAUGAAAUGAUGGAUGUCAUUGACCAUACCCUCAAGACCAUCUUUUCUGGGAUCUACAAUAGGUAUCGCACCGAAGUUGAAAUCAUCAAGGAACAGUUCCCCAGUGAGGAUCUGGUGUGGCUGGAAGAGACCCCCAGAGUUCCGUUCAAAGAUGCAGUUCAACUUUUGACCGAUUCCGGCUGGCUGAAUGAGGACGGAGAACCAGUCAGCCCUCUCGAGGAUCUGGCAACCAGAGACGAAAUCCGUCUCGGUGAGCUUAUGAAGGAGAAAUACAAGACGGAUUAUUACAUCCUGGACAAGUUCCCAAGGUCUGCACGACCUUUCUAUACCAUGCCCGAUGCCAACGAUCCUCGGUACACCAACUCAUUUGACGUGUUUGUCCGUGGUCAGGAAAUUAUAUCUGGGGGUCAGCGUAUUCACGUGUCAGAGAUGCUCGAGGAGAAUAUGCGAACAGUUGGAAUUGACCCUGAUGACAUGGCUGAAUACAUGGAAGGUUUCAAAUGGGGUGCUCCACCUCAUGCGGGUUGCGGUGUCGGUCUCGAGCGUAUCGUCAUGCUCAUCUUGAAGUUGGGCAACAUCCGUCUCGCUUCGUUGUUCCACAGGGAUCCCAAGUCAUUCCCUGCCAAACCACAAGUUGAGAAGCUUAGACAUCCAGAGGCAGAUACCCUCAACCCUGUCUGGCGACAAGAACGUGGCCGCGAAGUCGCUGUCGAAGACAGAAAGAUGCCUGAUCUGUACGAUCUGGUGGCCAACUAUGGUGACGCUACCUCAACAUCCUGGGGUGAUGAACGCUACAAGAUCUGGCGUCACGCCGAGAGUGGCGCCGCGGUGUCUUACGUCCCAGAAGGUCAUUAUGCAAUCCUUCCGGGUGACCCAUUAUGCGACCCGAGACAAUAUUACCGUGUCGCCGUGGCUUUCCUCCAAUGGCUCAAGAAGGAGACUAAGCUUAAGCCGCUCUGGCUGUUGAUCAGUCCGGAGAUGGAGGAAGUUCUUGGUGAGCGACUGGGCUGGAAGACACUCUCUUGUGUGGCAGAAGAACGAGUUGAUCCUCACAAGAAGUCGGCUGAAUCGGAUCCAGAGGUCGCAAGGAAGAUUCGCAGAGCUCAAGCCGACGGUGUCAAGAUCAUAGACGUCCCCCACAACGAACCGGUUCCAGAAUCGGUCAAAGAACGCGCUAGCGCUAGGGUUAAAGACUGGCUGUCCAACCGCAAGGGCACUCAAAUCCACCUCUCCAACAUUGACCUGUUCCGGGAUGAGAAACACCGACGCUACUUCUAUGCGGAAGACAAAGAUGGCAAGCUUUGUGGUAUUGCCGUCAUGGCUGAGAUCGCCCCUCGAAAAGGCUGGCAAGCCAAGUAUACUCUUGACUUCCCUGGCGCGCCGUCCGGAACCAUCGAAUACAUUACCACGCACGCCUUGAGCGUUGCUGCCACCACAGGCGUUCGCACUGUCACUUUCGGUGGUGGCGCAGCGAACCACCUGACACCCGGUCAUCACAUGAGCGGCGCCAAGGUCAAGAUGCUUCAGGCAACUUAUGAUGCCAUUGUCAAGCAGUUCAACUUGGCAAGAAAGUCGGAAUUCAGAGAGAAGAUGGGUGCGGUGGCUGAUCCUCUUUGGAUCGCUUAUCCUCCGCACGGCCUUGGUUCCAGGGGUAUUAAAGCUAUCAUGAGGUAAGUUCUCGGCCCUGAACGAGUUGUUUUGUGAACGUGUCCACUAACGAUUUGCGAACAGAUUCUUCCAGGACUAGAAGCCUGCUCGUCCUCGCCGUGCGCGCAUGAUGACCAUGUGCUAUGGGCUGCUUGCAGCAAUGGCCAUGAGCGAUCCAGCUUGUUGGCUGGAAUCCCA